GAUAAGAAUUCAUUGUUAGGAAAAGGAGCUAGUAGCACUGUUUACAAAGGUACUUUUAAAAGGGAAGGUGUUGCAGUGAAAAGGAUGAAAGAGGAAUUAUCUGAUGAUGACAAAAAGUUUCUAUUAAGCAUUAAACAUGACAAUAUUGUAUUGGUACAUUGUAUUGAAAGUCAUCAGGGUCUUGACCACAUUGUUCUGGAGCUUUGUUUGGCUUCUUUUUAUCAAUAUUUCAAGAAAUUAAAAAAAGUAAUGGAUAAAUUUGAUGGAUUGACUGUUGUCAAAAAGAAUGUGAAUCAAGAUGCAGUGAAAGGAUUGGAGUAUUUACAUGAACAAAAUAUCGUCCAUAGAGAUAUCAAGCCAGGAAAUAUUCUUUUAGUACAAAAGAGCUCUUCAUCUGAAGUUAAAGCAGUCCUGGCUGACUUUGGAAUCUCUACUAAAUUGAAUAAUCGAGAUGCAGUGACCACACAGAGACGUAGAGGAACUGAUACAUGGAUGGGUCCGGAACUAUUACUUGAUGAUAUAAAAGCUUGUAAAUUCAGUCGAGAGUCAGAUAUAUUUUCAAUGGGGUGUGUCAUAUAUUUUGUUGAAACUGGCGGAAGCCAUCCCUUUGACAAAGGACAUGAUGAUGAUUACACUAUUCAUCAAAAUGUCAAAAAUUAUGAUCGAUGUGAUUUUCGUCUACUUCAUGGCAAACCAAAAGCUACUGCUUUAAUUAAAAAAACGAUACAGCUUGACAGAGCUUCAAGACCAAGUGCUAGUGAAGUAUUAGAUGAUCCUUACUUUCAGGAAGAUGAUCCACAAGACACUAUACAUGUACCACCACAGCUGACCGAAGGAGAGGAAGCACCUCAGGGCGCUACACUACAAGAUACCAGUGAGGUACAAGAUGGGGCCAGUAUUCCACCACCAGAGCAGAGUGUGACAGAUACGUCAUAUGGUAAACAGUUGCAUAACUCUAUGUCAGAUAUGUCUCAUUCUCUUCCUCGAUACAUAGUUGAUCAGUAUAUCAGAUUACUUACAAUUGUUGGUGUGAAAUGUGACAUGAAACCUGACUGGUCACUAUCAAAAAAGUUUUUAGAGUUGUACUCCACCCACACAUCAGAGAAGUCUCCACAAGUUGCUGCAAGUUAUGUGUACAAGAUACUGACUGGCCUGGGGUAUGAAGAAAUGGGUGACUUCAGAGCAUACUUGCAUACUGAAGUAGAAAUUGACUCAAAAAUAACUGAGGAAUUGGAGAAAAUUACUGAGUUCAGGCCAGCCAUCAUUAAAGUUGUACGUGAUGAACUGGGUCCUCGUUUGGGUGACUAUCAAAUUGAUCGCUAUCGUAUGGUUCUCACUGUACUAUGCAGUAUUACGUUUGAUUCUAACAAGUCCUUUUUUGAGCUUUUCACUGAUUUGACAGGAAAUCUUGGGAAAUACCCUCUCGCUGUUUCCUUGACUAUUGGAGUCCUGGAAAGAUCUGGUUGGGGGGAUACAAAGAAAUUGAAGCUGUUUUCAUUACCAAACUUUGAUAUUAACACGUCUUAUCCUAAAAUAUAUCUCUGCCUAACAGUUGCUGAUUACUAUGGUAACAUGAGUCAGAGGGACUUCAGCAGUGCUAAGGUCUACACCUCUUCACUUCACCUCAACAGCCACAAUGUGUCUAAUAUGAGUAGAGUCCAGUUUACACUGUUACUGAUGGAGCGUGGUGUUAUUGAAGUUGGUGAUGUCUCUAAAAUUGAGGAUAAUGAUCGAUAUCCUCUCUUCUUUAAGAAAUACAAACAGAGAUGCAAAGGACCAAGCAAGGUGACUGCUCCAGCAACUGAUGAGACAGUGGCAGUUCAACAGAGGAAAGCUCAAGCUACUUCAGGUCAAAGUCCAUCAACUUCAACUGAUCAACCAAGCUUCUUGACUCAAAGCAGGAAGCAUAAGAAGUACCUGGUACAGCCACACAAGUCAAUAAAGGACCAACACUAUGUUCAUGUUUAGAAAGACUCUUUACUUUAGGGAACUUGAUAAUUUAACAUACCAAUGCAUUAUAAGGCAGCAGUAAUACUGGAAUAUGAUUAUUGCAGUGAAAAAUUUUUAUGUAAAUUUAAUAAUUUUAAAUAAGUUUAAUUUUAA